AUGAGCAGACGAAUGUCUCGCAGAACUGAUACACCUGGUUCAAUGUCAAAGAAUCGAAAACGCUCUUCAGGACGACUCUAUGGUAAAGACAGACGGCCUAGUCAACAAAUUUCAAAUCGUGAUAGAGAACUAAUUGAAAUUGACCAAGGAGACAGCUCGAGCUGGAGUAAGAAAACCGGAUGUUUAGGUUUAUCUUAUUUACGUUCUGUUCUAUUGUUUGGCUCGGUGAUUUUAUUAGGUAUCCUUGCCAUCGGCGGCUUAUUUGUAUCUGUAAUACUUUACCUUCAAAGUAGUGAUGUUGAUGCUGUGUGGAAAAUAUUUGGUAUUGUGAUUUGUGCCACUGUUUUGUUAACUAUCGCUAUAGUUGUCCUGUGUUUAGUCAUUUUCUACUAUAAAAAGGAUGCAAUCUCAGAUCAUGACUCUGAUAGCGAAGUGGAAGAUCAAGACAAGUCAGAUAUUAUAGAAAAUCAAACUGAACCUUACUUAAACGGUUCUGAUACAAAUCGAAAAAAUGCUAGUCGCAAUCCAACCUAUUGGAAAAAUCACAAUAACCAAACUGAUGCAAAUCGUCCAUAUUCAAACGACUAUAAUUAUCCCUAUAAUAAACCCAAUCAUCAAUAUUCUAACGGUGAAAAUACCUCUACAUCGUCAUCUAAUGAUGGACGAGGAACUCCACGAAGAUUCUCGACCGGGGUAAGAAAUAAACAAACAAAUACUGAAUCAUUACCAACCACUAUGGGAUCGUGGCCGAGACAAGAACAGUCAUUUCAACAGCAACAUCAACCACCCCUACAAGUUCAACCUCAACAACAACAACAAAAACAACUCGUUUAUUCAACAAAUGUCAUGCCUCGACCAAUAAUUGUUCAAGUUCUCGAUAAACAAAAUCAGCGUCAAUUACCUCAACAUACUCUAGUAUCGACAUUUGAAAUUCAGCCACCCCAAACACAUCAACUUAUUCACUACAUUCCUACGACUUAUCAGCAACAGCAAACAAAACAAACUGUACCCGCCAUCAACUUCGUGGAGCAAGAACAAAUGUCUCGAUCACCCGUUCAGACGAUUGUGUCAGCUCAAGAAUUCUAUGAAUUAGAUAAAUUCUAUUAG